AUGGUCCACAGAUCAACAGGGAUUGGUUGCCUGUUUGAAGCCUUCACUGGCGUGCAAGGCGCUACAGUUCUCGUCGAUUGCCCGAAAACUUUAAUCAAACUUAAGCAGCACUUGAAGGCUAAGGCGGAAAGGCUAAACCUAAAUCAGGCGCUUCGUAUCCUGGAAGAAGCUGAUCGACAAGCAGACGGAUUCCCGAAGCCUGAGGUGAUCACCGACAUGCUCGGGCAGCUAGAAGAAAUGAUGCAACCCUCCGGGAAUUUUGCAAAUGAUUUCACCGAAUUGAUCAUUCACCAUAUAACGUUUAAAUCGAUGCCUGCACUAAUUCGAGCGAUCGCAGAACGCCCGGAAGUGUCAGGACGGUACUAUGGACUAGUAGGACACUUUCACAUGGACAGCGCCCGUGCUCCUGAACCCCAGCUAGCAGUGGGCGCCGAGCUCCACGCAAUCUUCCGUCAUGCGUGUGACGAUAUCGAGUUGAUGGCUGAUGACGACGCAGAGACGGCAAGGCAGCAUCGUUUGUUACGGAAACGAUGGCCGAUUUGCUGUUCAUCAAUCGUUUCCGGA